CUGCAGCCUGCUGCUACGCGUUUACCAGCAGUAGAAGAAGAGUAACGCCGCUAACCGCUUACCGCUAACAUGGCAGCUUCACAGAGCUAUUGAACGUGAACAUUGGACAUGUUAAAUCUACUAAUGCUACGUAACGAGUCUGUAAAGGAGUCUGUGUAGUUGUUGCAGUGUUUAACAGGCUAUUGAGGACUAUGUUGUCCACAUAGUGAGGGAAGCAUGGAGUUUUCUUCCGAGGAGGGGGACACUCAAACCCCCCAUGUCGUCGAUAUGACCACCAGUGAAAGGGUGGUGGACCUUCUGAACCAGGCUGCGCUGAUAGCCACGGAGGAAAAGCUAACCGUGCUCAAACAGGUCCAGGAGCUCAUCAUUAACAAGGAUCCUUCUCUUCUUGACAAUUUCUUGGAUGAGUUGAUCGCCUUCCAGACUGACAAGUCUAUCGAAGUGAGGAAAUUUGUGAUUGGCUUCAUAGAGGAAGCAUGUAAAAGGGACAAUGAACUUCUUCUCAGACUGAUCGCCAAUCUGAACAUGUUGCUGAAGGAUGAAAGUGUGAACGUGGUGAAGAAAGCCAUUCUCACACUCACACAACUGUACAAAGUUACUCUGCAGUGGUUGGUGCGCUCCAAGACAGUGUCAGAGAGGCAGGAGGCAUGCUGGGAUCUGGUCACACAGAUGAAAGGGGAUGUUCUGGCCCUGCUGGACUCAGAAAAUGACGGCGUUCGCACUCACGCCAUCAAAUUCACAGAAUCAUUAAUCAUCACCCUGUCACCGCGGACGUCAGACUCGGACGUUCCCAAGCGACAGGAGGGCGACAUCAGCCUGGGCAAAGUUCCCAGAGAUCACUCUUACAUUCGCUACGAUGUUUUGUGUGAGGAGGGAAAGGCUGCACUGGAGAAGCUGCUGAAGUUCAUGGUCCAUCCGGCCAUUUCCAGCAUCAACCUCACCACAACACUUGGCUCCCUGGCCACCAUCGCCCGCCAGAGACCAAUGUUCAUGUCAGAGGUGGUCCAGGCGUAUGAGACACUGCAUGCCAACCUGCCACCCACUCUGGCCAAGUCUCAGGUCAGCAGCGUACGAAAGAACCUGAAGCUGCACUUGGUGGCCGUCCUCAAGCAUCCCUGCAGCCUGGAGUUCCAGGUUCAAAUUAGCACUCUGCUGCUGGACCUGGGAAUGCCUCAGAGUGAAAUAACACGCUCUACACCUGCACCCCGAGAGCAGCGCAAAAGGCCUCGCCAUGAAGAGUACACGGAGGGGAAAAAGGUCAAGAUGGAGCCCACCCUGAUGGAAGAUGAUGAAGACAAAGAGGAGCCGGUCCCUAUCUCGGCCCCUAAACCAGCUGCAGUUCCAGCAGCACAGUCAGCCAUUGACCUCACGGCUGAGUUCCUGUGCCCGCUGCUCUCCCCCGACAACGUAGCCAACCUGGUGCUCAUCAGCAUGGUGUAUCUGCCGGAUGUCAUGCCGGCAUCCUUCCAGGCCACGUACACACCUGUAGAGUCGGCAGGCACUGAUGCCCAGAUUAAACAUCUGGCCCGGUUGAUGGCCACGCAGAUGACCGCAGCUGGGAUCGGUCCAGGACUCGAGCAGUGCAAAGCCAGAGAAGGCGAAACAGCCAAAGACGAAGUCAGCAAUGAGGACUCUGAUGCUAAAGACCCGCUUAUCAAGCGCAAAGUCUCCGCGCUGGUGGGACAGGCCAUCUCUGUGGUGGGGGGGUACGAGAAAGAAAAGGCUCCAGCAACAGAGGCCCCCGCAGCGGUCAAGAGGCUUCCCGAACCCAUCCUUCCUACGGCGCAAACCAAGAUGACCGGGGCGACCGGGAGGAAAAAAGUCUUCCGGUUGUCGGACGUCGUCCAGCCUUUAUCGGACACCCAGAUCGAGACGUUAACCUCCAAAGCGGUCAAACGCAUCCUGCAUUCAGAGAAGGCCAUUGCUCAAAGUGGCAUGUCCCACGUCAGAGUGAAGCUCCUCUCCAAGCUCGUGACGCAGUUUGAAGGGAUGAUGAGAGAAGACGUGCUGGAGUUUAUUCUGGAGGACAUCAGGACACGGAGCGACCUGGCCUUCUCUCUCCUCUACCAGGAGUACAACACCUACCUCAGCCAGCUGCCGUCUGGGCUGCUGGACAGCUACGACCAGUGUCUGUACACCCUGCUGUCGGGCCUGCAGGAGAAACCGGAGCAGAGGGACGGACUUUUCACCAAGCUAGUGCUGGAGGCUCCCAUCAUAACAGAGUCAGCGUUGGACGUGAUCCGGCGUUACUGUGAGGACGAGUCUCGGGUGUAUCUGGGCAUGACGACGCUGAAGGAGCUCAUCGUCAAGCGGCCCUCGAGGCAGUUUCAGUAUCUGCAUGUACUUCUGGACCUCAGCUCACAUGAAAAAGAGAAGGUGCGGACCACUGCCUUGGCUUUUCUCAAGCGUAUGUACGAGAAGGACCAGCUCAGGGACUACAUUGAGAAGUUUGCCCUGAACUACAUGCAGCUUCUGGUCCACCCCAAUCCUCCAUCUUUGCUCUUCGGAGCUGACAAAGACACAGAGGUGGCCUCCCCCUGGACUGAAGAGACCGUGAGACAGUGUCUGUUCCUCUACCUGUCCCUGCUGCCCCUAAACCACCGGCUGGUCCACGAGCUGGCGUCGGUCUACACCGAGGCCAUCGCAGACAUCAAGCGCAGCGUGCUUCGAGCCAUAGAGCAGCCGAUCCGUGGAAUGGGGAUGAACUCUCCUGAGCUGCUGCUCUUGGUUGAAAACUGUCCUAAAGGAGCAGAGACGCUAGUUACUCGCUGUCUGCACAUUUUGACAGAUAAAGUGCCUCCGUCCCCAGAGCUGGUGGAGCGAGUGAGAGACCUGUACCACAAACGAGUGCCGGAUGUUCGUUUCCUAAUUCCGGUCAUAAAUGGCCUCGAGAAGAGUGAAGUAAUCCAGGCUCUGCCCAAGCUGAUCAAACUCAACCCCAUUGUAGUGAAGGAGGUGUUCAACCGCCUGUUGGGCACUCAACACAGUGAGGGAAGUUCGUCUGUGUCCCCCCUCACGCCAGGAGACCUGCUGAUUGCCUUGCACAACAUAGACUCAAACAAAUGUGACAUGAAGUCCAUCAUCAAAGCUACCAACCUGUGCUUCGGGGAGAAGAACGUGUACACGUCUGAGGUCCUGGCCGUGGUGAUGCAGCAGCUGAUGGAGCAGAGUCCCCUCCCCAUGCUGCUCAUGCGCACCGUCAUCCAGUCCCUCACCAUGUACCCCCGGCUGGGAGGCUUCGUCAUGAACAUCCUGUCCCGCCUCAUCGUCAAGCAGGUGUGGAAGUACCCCAAGGUGUGGGAAGGUUUUGUGAAGUGCUGCCAGAGGACCAAGCCCCAGUCGUACAGCGUGCUGCUGCAGCUGCCCCCCCAACAGCUGGCCAGCGUGUUCGAACGCUGCCCCGAGAUGAGAGAGCCGCUCCUUCAGCACGUCCUCUCCUUCACGCCUCACCAGCAAGCUCACAUACCCAACUCCACCAUGUUGGUCCUGGAAGCAAAUAAAAAAGCAGAACCAAAACCUGCAGAGCCGGUCAUGGAGAAAGAGAUGGAACUAAUUCCUGCCCCAGUUAGAGAAGAGGCUCCCACUGCUGCAAUGGAAGUGACUCCCACAGUGGCCCUAGAAAAAGCUUCCACUCCCACCAUGGCCCUGGAAAAGGCUCCCACUCCCCCCGUGGCCCUGGAAAAGGCUCCCACUCCCCCCGUGGCCCUGGAGAAGGCUCCCAGUGUGGAACUGGAGGAGUCGGAGACGUUAAAGCAGCAACACCCGGCCGUCAUGAAAGAUGAGGAAGAACCAAUGGAGCAAGAAGAGUCUGGUCCAGUGAUACAGGAGGAAACUGUUGACUCUGUUUCCCAGGAGUUGACGAGAGCGGGGGGGACGCCGUCGCCUGGACCGGAGCUGGUGGAGGAACCGAUGGAGGCGUCUCACCCCCGGGAGGAGGUUAAAGACGUGGACGCUGACGUCACACCGCAGGCUGAGAGCAGCAGCCAGGACGUAGAAUGACUCGACACAAAAUCAGGAUUUCUUGUCAAAAAAAAGCUCUUUUUUGUUGUUGUUCUUUUAGUAUUUGUUGAAAACAGAUUUUGACGGGAAAACGUCAGGAUAACUUUGCAUAUUAAUUCUAUAUGCGUUCAUGUCAUGAGUUGGCGGAUAAAUAAACACAAUGCUGAUUAA